AAAAAGGUUCCACAAGCUGAAGACAAGAUUCCUCACGACGAGGACAAUGUUCCUCACGCUGAGGACAAGGUUCCUCACGCUGAGAACAAGGUUCCUCGGGUUAAGGACAAGGUUCCUGACGCUGAGGACAAGGUUCCUCACGCUGGGGACAAGGUUCCUCACGAUGAGGACAAG